GCCUCGGGAGACGAAUCAUCUCUCACGUCGCCCAUCUCAGCUCCCUCUCUCUUCCUGACCUGCGUGUCUGUCUCUCGUCCUAUCGUUGUGACUCGCUCCCUUUAUUCUCUCUCGCGUGUCUUACAACACACACAGGACAUAUCCAGCCGCUCGUUUCUGAUCUGCGCCCGUGUCUCACAUCCAGACCUCCCCAGCCCCCACUUCUCGUCUCGUACCUGGGCCCUGGGCACAGUUCGCCAGAGCAAGAGAGCAAGCACCUCAUCUCUAACCUGACCUCGUCUCCAUAAUCUAUCUCUCUUUCAGACCGUCCACACCUUCUUCUCACCCAGGUCGGCCAGCCAGCUCAUCACCGACUCCUUGCACUGACUCUAUCUGCAUCGCAUCGCAUCGCAUCGCAUCUGCAUUUGCAUCUGCAUCGGGAUUACGUCCAGCAUCCACACGCCCCUCCCUGUGCCUACUCUGGCCCAUCCCCCUGCAUCCAGCUUCCAGACCCUGCGGCCUCUGGUGCCUCACGACCCUAUCAACCGCCGUGGCCGAAACCCUACUCGUGCCCCGCUGUACAACGAACCGACAGGCGCCGUGCUUUGCUCCGUGUGGCCGCAGCUGCUCCUGUACCUGUCCGCCCGUCUCCGCCGUCGGUCUCGCCCCUGGCCCCCGAGCCGCCCGGCCAUCCUUCUGUCACCUCCUGCGCGCCAUCCGCUACCCGUCUUUGGAACCCCCAAUCCAGGCCGAGUUGCACAGUCUGACGGCAGCUGGGACAGGCAACGGCCCUUCAGCUCACCUGUUCCAUCCGAGUCUCCCAAACACUCGUUUGAGCCUCAACUAUGCGCUUUACUCGUCCAUUCGCUGUCAAUCCUUUAUUUACCGGGUCAUAAAAGCUGGAACACCCAACACAGGGCCAUGUCUCCUGUGACCGACCACUGCUGCAACGACCACAUCUUUGACCACCUUCUCUGACCGGUCUGACGAGUCUGACGAGACCGCAAACAUGACCGAACCUUCGAUAUUUCCCCCGCUGGGGGCCCGCCUGCUGCCCUCGAGUCGACAGUAUCACUCGACACCUCAGUCCCCCAAGCACCAGCGCCAACACUCCGAUGAUUUCAUAGCCCGCCUUUCCCCAAUGAACGCGAUCGACACUUUUCGUGCGCCUAGCGGCCCGCUCAAGGCAUGCAUGGACGCCGCGACACCCAGCGAACAGAGCUUUGCGCUGCGGGCCGCCGUCGCCUCGAAAAAUAUUUACGAAUGGCUUGAUGAGCUGCGAGACUGGCCCUGGCCCACAGAGGGGGGCCUCGGCUUCCAGGCGCCGAGUUCCACUCCCGGCGGGCUUCAGUCGCGCGGCAGGGCCGGGUCGGCUGUCGAACCCGCGCCCGAGAACGAUGCUGCGGGCCCCAAGCAGGUAUACAACGGGAGCCUGCUGGAAUCAGACAUAACGCGCUACGAAACGCGCAUUGCAGAGAUACACCAAGAGCUCGACAAGCUCGAAAUCGAGGACAUUAAGCAGCACGUGCUGCACAACCAUAUCAUGCCUCUCUCGAGACCCGGGACUCCAGCCAGCCCUAUCUUCGACCGCCAUUUUGGGAUGGGCUCCCUUACCUCGUAUGUGAAAAUGGAUGACCUCACGGCCGUCAUCACAGCAACGGUUGUGCAGGCAUUGCCGAAUCUCUCUAGGCUUUUACGACUUAUGAACGCAUGGAGCACGCGAUUAACGGUUCUUCAGCGCGUUCCUCUGUGGACGUCUUCUCUUGCUGAGGCUGAGGCUGCGAUCAAGUCAGCCUGGGCCAUGAUUGAGCAAGGGUCGAAGGCUCAGGUGCAGGACCCACAGCUGGAGCUCAAACCCGACGAGGUGCCGUCCCAGCACAACUAUGAAGUCACGAAGCUGCUGUUAGAGAAGAAAGUCUCAACAGCUGCGCGCACACUCGAUUACAUGCUUGACAACCUUGAGGGCCGGGAUGAUACCCUUCCUGACGAGUGGCUUGACCGAAUGGAGGUUGUGGAGCGCCAAUGCGCGGAAUGGACCGCGGCAUAUGAGAAAUGGCUUCGAGACGAGCAAGUUGCAGCCAUGCAGAAGGAGGCAGACUCUGCUGGAACUGAAAAGGGUGCAACAGAAAUUGUGGCAGAAGAGCCCGCUACGCCAGGGCCGAUUAUACGCGUUGAUCAUCCCGAUGGGUGUAGAUCUCGGAGCUUCGAAGACGAUGGCAUGGAUGACGCUGAUCGGCCAAUUCCCAGUGUGGAGCACUCUGAUGCAUUGAGCAGAUCUCCAAUCAUUUCUAUCACAAAUGACCGAGGCUCGACGCGGACCACCGCCGGACACGUUGCUGAUGAGUCGGCGUUAGACUUGGACGACCUCGACGCUGAUCACCUUUCAUUGGACAAUGGCGCUCACGCGCUUGGCUCCGACGAGAAUCACCGGCCGGGAACUGCUGUUUCAGACGCCUCGACCGUCGUUCGCGCUCAGCCUAGAGAUCCAUUGCAGACUCCGGACCUUUUACCGGUAAAUGGGAGUCGCGCCUCUCCGCAUACUCCUCCAAGAGAAAUAAGGUCGACAUCGAUGCCGGUGGGAGACAUGCCGCCAGUCCUCGAGUACCCCGAGGACGAGAGCUCAGAGGACAACUCGCUGGACUCAUCUUUCAACAGUACAUCAGAGGAGCUGGGAAGUCCUAUUGUGCUGAGCCAGGCGAAUGGCGAGGAUGACCACAUGCGCAAGCAGAUCAGUCAAAUCCUGGAGAAUAUCCCGGCCAAAAUCCAGCUUGGCUCACGCCCCACCGUCAACCAUCUUAACCCUCCGGAUCUACAGCUACCGUACUCCAAACCAAGACCGACGGCAGAUAGGACUGUUCGCAGCAAAUCCAGCAUGUCCUCUCGCGCCAGCAUGUCAUCGCGAGCCAGCACCCCAUCUUUCAUGCUUGCACCGGCACCUCGGCCACGACACCAGCGUGGGAAUCAAGACAUCAAGCUGUACCAUCUGUCCAGAGCGAAUGGGGAGGCUCCAAUCAAGCUUUUCAUCCGCUGCGUCGGCGAGAAUGGUGAAAGAGUCAUGGUCCGUGUAGGUGGCGGCUGGGCUGACUUGGGAGAAUAUCUCAAAGAAUAUGCUAUUCACCACGGUCGACGAUCACACCGAGGGAGUGAAAGCAAGGUGGAGGUGAGGGACAUCCCCCGAUCCUCUAGCGCGCUCAGCACUCGUCGACCAUCAGCUAGCCCCUCUGUCCGUCCCAGCCCGCCUCGCCGCCCGGGCUCAGCGCUCGACUCAACCAGCCCCAUCUAUGUCAAGAAGAAGCGACAGCCCAGCGGGGGAGAGGACCUCCUGGGACCAAGACUGCCUGCGACCCCGCUUGCUUAUGGCAAUCAGCGGGCCUCGGAGCCGCCAUCUUCAGGAUCAGGCAGCACCGGCCGGUCACGAUCGAGCUCGCGUCUAAGCUGGGACGAGGAGGACAGCUCGCUUGGCAUGGCGGGGCCCAGGAGCAUGAGGAAGGACAUCCCCCAGGAGAGUCUGGACUGGGUCGAAAGCAUCAAGGAGAAGGUCCGGGCCGUUAGUAGUGGCUCGGCUGUCCCGCCGAGAGACCAAGGCCACGGGAGCGGGAAAUUCGGCGAAUUGGGAAAGGUGGGAGGAACAAAAAGGCUGUUCAGGAAGCCCACAUGAGGGCCGGAUGGAAGGAUUUUGUGACUGGGAAAGUGGAUGGGUCGGUCUGGACUUGCGCGCGGGAAAGGCAUAAGGAAGGGCCUCUGCUUUUGGUCCGAAUUGCUUCUCAGGGACAAAAGGGUGUUGUGUUUUGAGCGGGGAGGUGUUGAGCGUCACCACCAAGCACGGUCAUAUGUGUCACGAUACCACUUGAUUUUUGUCUUUGGGAGGUUUGUUCUCAGGCAACCUGUUCUUUGCUCGUUUGUUUUGUCUGGCGGGAUGGACUUGGGACCUGUCAUGGAAAUACCCCCUUUUGUUUUGUUUUCUAUGCUUGCGCCUGCUGCGCGUGCAUGCAUGAGCCGCGGAUCGCUGGAGUGUGGGAAAUAGCAUGGAUGCGAGUGCUGCAUAUCGCAUAUCGCAUGGAACUAUAGAAAGGUGCGAUCAGCCGGAUAGAAUUGACUUAUCUGAGCAAACCGAUACUGUCCGUAAUCGA